CCGUAAAUCCAUUCGACUGCAAUGUUUACCAUAAGGUACAUCGUGACCCAGUUUUUACCGGUUCACGCAUGCGCCUUCAGCUAGACUUCUGACCCUAGUUUGUGUUACGGAGAGAAUUGAGCGUAGAAAUAGGUAUUUUAUUUAGGGCAUUGCUGCUGAAAUAUUGCAUGUCAACCUUAAACAACUGCAAAGUGGGAAAACUGAAAUUGUCGGCUUCGUAACAACACCAUUGUGGAUAUUCUGUGAUGAUUGUUACUACUGCAAACGUGGAUGCUAAGUUUAGCUGGUGUGGCGAUAUGGAUGAAACAUCCGACUUGGGUAACACUACCCUGUGUGGCGAGAUAAGUGCAGACGAUGAAUUUGAGGCUGUCCGCAUUGCACUAGGAAAUCAAAUUGAAGCGUCUACAUCAGGAAACGAUGCCUGUUACCCUCCUGAUGUAAAAUCCGGAUUUGAAGAAUUAUGUCCAGUUUGCGGUGAUAAAGUCUCGGGGUAUCAUUAUGGACUUCUAACAUGCGAGAGUUGUAAAGGUUUUUUCAAGAGAACAGUACAAAAUAAGAAAGUGUAUUCGUGUGUGGAUAAUAGAAGCUGCCAUAUUGACAAGAGUCAGAGAAAACGAUGUCCAUAUUGUCGCUUUCAGAAAUGCCUCUCUGUAGGAAUGAAAUUAGAAGCCGUCAGAUCAGACCGAAUGAGAGGAGGAAGAAACAAAUUUGGUCCCAUGUACAAGCGAGACAGAGCCAUCAAACAGCAAGCAGUACGUCAACAACAGCAGAUUAUCUCCCACUGUUCCAUGCAUUUACCAAACGGCAUUCCGAGUUUACCGGCAUCACCCGAAGACUCGUCGCGUCACUCACAUCACGAUUCGACACACAUAACGUCCAGUUCGGGAAUCCCCUUCAGUCUAAGUUCUCCAAUCAUAUCCUCCUCCAACUCCACCUCUAUACCAGCGAUUACCUCUCACACGUGCAGCACGAGUCAUACAAGCACUAGUAGUGUUAGCACCCAUACCAUUACCAGUCCAGUAUCAACUUAUCCUCACUCUGCGAGGUCCACGCACGAUUCGUACGCGAUAUCACACUCCUUCCCAUCUAUGAUUGAUGCUUUACGGGCCUACCCACCUACUGCCCUGCCCCCUCAGCCUUUCACACCAGCAGUGCCGCCGUUGGUGGCUGAUCUCAAAUCUGGUUUAUCAGAGGAAUCUGAGGUGAAAAAUAAGCUUUUGAACUUUAUGCGAGCUGAAUUUGGACAAUUAAAUGUGGUUAAUAAUCCUGUGCAGUUUUUACAUGUUUUGUGUAAGAUGGUGGAUCAGCUUCUAUUUUUGAUGGUGGAGUGGGCAAGAAGUUCUGUGUUUUUCAAAGAAAUGCGGGUUGAAGAUCAGAUGAAACUUCUUCAGAAUUCUUGGAGUGAAAUUUUAUUUCUUGACUUUGUUUAUCGACAAGUUCAUGAUUGUUGGAGCAACGAAAUUAUAUUGGCUAAUGGACAAAAAAUCAACUUGGACAUCUUAGAUAAAUUAGGUUUAGGAGAUUUGAAAACACAUCUUUUUGAACUUAUCAAGAAGACGAAAGAAUUGAAACUUGAUAUCCAUGAAUAUGCGUGCCUUAAAUUUCUUAUCUUGCUCAACCCAGAUGUCUCAGGACUAGAAAACCGACAAUUUGUCGAACAAAGUCAGGAAAGAGUGAAUGCCUCGUUGUUGGAGUACUGCCUUAACUUUUACCCUGAUAUGAAAGACAAGUUUGGACAGAUUCUGUUGCGUCUCCCGGAAAUUCGAUUGAUCAGUAUACGAGCGGAGGAGUUCAUGUAUUACAAACACAUGAUUGGUGAGGUACCCGAUCAAACACUUCUAAUGGAAAUGUUGCACUCCAAGAAGAAAUAGUACAGAAUUUAACUUUAAACAGUAGGCCUAUUAUAUAUAUGUAAUAUAUAUAAAAACAUUGAAUUGUUUUCGCUAAUAUGGUUUUAAAAUUGUUACGUAUUAACUGACGUGCAGACACUAUUAAAAAAAAGUGUGAGGACAGAAUUUGAGGUGUAUUAAAACCAAAAUAAAUAAUGACUUGUGAUUCGUGACAAAUAGCUAUAUGAAAAUGAACUCCAGAAAUAAGUAUGGGAGAUAAUUUAAAAAGAGAAACAUUUCUAUCAUUGCACUACAAACUAAACCAAGAAAUAACACAAAACAUGAUUUUAAAUAUAUCUAAACAGUAGUGUAGGGUAAAACAAUAAUUUGUAUAUACUGUAACCUAUACAUAUAUACAUAUAUAUACAUAUAAUACAUUGUAUACAUUACACAUUAUAUUGUAUAGAGAAAUACAUCAGAAGAUUGUGAGUUACUAAUGUAUAUUGUUUAUAUCCUAAUUGUAUAUUAUAUACAUGUCAGAAACAUUGAGGAAACACAGAAAGCACUGAGGUUUAUAACACAGUGUCAUGCUCUCAGACUCCUCAUGUAUUACUACUAUUACUAUGAUAAUCAAAGUUGUUAUUUCGUUAAAUUGAUAUUUCUAGAUAUGACGGCAAUUAAUUAUAGAGUGUGUAUUAUUAACUAUUAUUGUUUAAUAUUAUUAUUAUUAUUAUUAUUAGUUAUGAGUAUAGAAAAUACUAACAAUGUUAUGGUGCAUUUUUAUAGCUAGGUGAAAUAGUUAGUUCACUCUGAAAUACAACUUGAAGAAUGUUAUUUAAUAUAUAACUACAUUAUUGUCUAUUUAUCGUCACUAGUAAAUGGACUCGUAUUUUCUGAUAAAUAUGGGUGGGCAUCUGAUAAGUAUUCAUACAGAUAGAUAAAUUUUAUGUAUGGAAAUAACAUCGUUAAAAGGUCUGACUGAAAUCCUCACCCAAUAGGCUUCAAAAUUGUUAAGAAUUUACAAAAAGCGUUUUAAGUUCCAAGAUUAUUAAUAAGAAAAUUUACCUAGUGGAUGUUUACAAAAAUUGACAAAUCUUCAAGAUGGUGAUAGAAAUUUACCAAAAUUACCUGGAAGGGAUAAGACAUAACCCCUCCCCUACAUACCAAAAUUACCUAGAAGGGAUAAGAUGUAAACCUUGCCUAUGUUUACAGCCUAGAUUUAAUACAAACAGUAAAUGUCUACUUAAAGUUUCCUGUAUCCAAUUCACACAAAGGUUACAAUUUAGGCUAGCUAUAAAAUAUGAUUUCUUUAUUUUAGCCUUGCCAUGAUCUAGUUUAAAUGUAUUAUGAUUUAUCCAGGUACAUGAACAUUUGGUGCAGUAUUUUAGAUAGAUAUAAAUAGACUGAAUUAACUUACAUAUGCUUGGAAUCAAGAUCAAAAACUUGUAGUUUAUAAGGAUAUUGAAACUGUAGAUUAUCAGAAACAUAGCCAAAUAUAUUUCACUUGCAUCCACUUGAUAUCUUCUGAGAAUAAAUUCCUCAAUUAAACCCGAACACAUGCAGCAUUAAAACAUGAAUGUAACAUUUCUCAAUUUCAAAGUCUUAAAACUUUAAAUAACAUGUUGUACAAUGGUACAGAUCAGAUGUGAGAAAAUGGAUAUCGUUUUAAAAAAUCAAUUUUAUAAAAUUAAUGUCUAGAUAGAUAGUGAUAAAUCGACUCAGUUUGUAAAUUGACAAAUGAAAUUUUUGAAAAACAUUCUUCAAACUAUCUGAAAUUUUUACAAAUGCAUGAUUUUGUUAUGAAAGCAUUUCAGUUUUGUGUUAUAAUUAAUCUUAACUCUUGUAAACUUACAGACCUAGGCCUUGUAAUGAUGUUUUUAGAUAUAUCUGACGAAAUGUUAGGCACGGAUGAACUUUUUUGGGUCAACAACAACACAUAUUAUAGAUAUCAAUAAAUGCACUAAAAAAGACAAAUCUGUUUCAAACAGAUUGGCAAGUGCCAGUCAAACAUUUGUCUGAAUUCGUGCCUGACAAUGACUUUGACAUGUGUCUUUUUUCUAACCUUGUUAAUUAAUAAGCCCGUAGUAGAUUUAAUAGAUCUACAAAUUUCAAGAUCAAGAGUUAUUUGUCAAGUUGAUUAUCACAAUAAGAAGUAUAUUUCUGUAGCAUUACCUGUCAAUCAUAUGUAAAUCAUCUGUAUACAUCAUCAGUAAAAUUAAAGGAGAAUUUAACUGGACACAAGAAAGCUUAAAACAUCACAGUGAAAUGUGGCUUAUCGUUUGAACCCAAGUGGCCAGAUUUGUCUGCAUGAUGUUUGUCUGUAGUACAAGCAACCUGACAACAACUGCUGGGACUACAGGGUGGAAUAUCGAAGAUUAACUAAGAAAGCAAUAUUUAAGUACCUACAAUACGACCAGCUUUUUCUUGUCAUUCAGAUGUGGUCAAUCAGUUAGGAUUUUAUGGCUUGAAUAUAGAAACUAUUGUAAAUUACAUUGGACUGUACAUCUAUACGAAAUACUGAUUGCCCAAUAUCUGUUUUAGAACAGGGACUUGAUAUUUGAAUGCAGGAUAUUACAAACUUUGUGUCCUAAGUUAGGUUGUCCUUUAAGUUUUAGAUAUGAUUACUAUUUUAUAUCAUAAUGAUGGCAGCUUUUGUAAUUCUCAUUACAUAACAAUGUUGUUUCACACAUCCAGAGUUACUUUCAUGAGAGGAGUGUUGGCUUUUUUUUAAAACUCAUUAACAAUUUUCGUCUAUUUUGAUAAAAGUACAAAAUAACAAUGUUGUUUCACACAUCCAUAAUUACUUUCAUGAGAGGAGUGUUGACUUUUUUUUUAAAAAGUCAUUAACAAUUCUCGUCUAUUGUACAAAUUAUCUGUUAAUGUCGAAUGGUAAGGGAAAUAACUCUAUAUUGUAUUUUGGUUUCAAACUGUUUUAUUUUGCCGGGAGAAUGUUAUGCAUAUUUUGAGAUAAAAAUACAGAAACAAUGUCGAAUAGUUCUCCAGAUAUCACUAAGCCAAAUUUUGAUCUCAAAAUUAAAUAUUAUGAACAUUAUUAUUUAGAUCUCCUUUUUUCUUGGUUGUUAUAUAUACAAUGGGUUUGUUGUAUGUCAUUAAUUCAUCUUAGGCUAUAAAAUUUGAUUAAAAUAUGAUAGAAUUAUAUGGAAUACAAGUUACUUGGAUAAUUAUUUCUGGCAUACAAUUUCAUAUAAUUGUCGGAGCCACAAUGGCUCAGUGAGUUCAAUCCAUGUGUUAGCUAAGAAAGUUACUCAUUUUCCAAUCUGGUUUCCUCUUGUCUGUGGCACGGCACAGUUGUUUGGAUUGGAUGAAAAUAUAAAAACUUGGAUGGUGGCUGUGUACAUAAAUGAACACUUGGCAGUUGAAAUCAACGAAUUCUAGAUCGAAAUGCUGCUGUCCAGUCAAAAUUCCUCAGAUAGCACACUAAGUCUGCAUCAGCCAUGUUUGUGCAAAAAAAGUAGAAUGUUAAACCACAUUUCAUUUAGUUUCCAUAUAAUUGUAUCAUGUUUUAUUCUGAGUCAGUGCCCAAACAAUUUAAAACACCUAGUUUAAGCAAAAUUAUUUACAUUAAGAAAUAUAUGGGCCAUGUAUUUAAGCUAUAAUGUUACUUUCAAGUCCAUUCGAAAUAUAAAAACUGAGAGUAUUAGUAUACAACUGGGAAUAUAGAACAUUUGCUAAUAAUUGUUUUGUUUGAUAUAACAUUUUCCUACAAUACCAGUAUUCCAAGUAUGGCAUUUCAGUUUUAACAACCUCUGGCCAGUGUUAAUUUAUUUUGUAUAUUGAUUCAUAUCCUUCAACUGUACUAUACACACGUAAGAUGCAUCUUGGCAGACACAAUACUUUAAACAACAUUUUGAGUUUUUCAUACACUUUAUUUGGCAUUAAGUUGGAGGCAUUGAUGAUUAUAGAGUUCUAGUUCUAAGCUAAAAUAUGGGUCGAUGUUAUCCCAAAAUUAUUAUUUCCAUUUUUAUCAAAAUAUCAAAUGUUUCAAAAUUUACAACUAGACAGAAUUUAAAGUUACAAUUUCAUAUUUUUAAGUUAUAUUUUUAAAAUUUAUUAAAAUAAAGCCUUAAAAUAGAUGGUAUCUAUAAACAGUCCUACCUUGCUAAAGAAUAAUCCUAUGAAUCCUAUAAUUAACUAUUGACAGUUUAGAAAUUAGCAAAAAUACCAUUUUCAAACGUUUGAAGAUAGCUAUUCCAUGAGGGGUAUAGGAAAACAAGGGAGGUAAUUGUGUUAUUAUUUCCUGUGUCAAUGAUUUUUAAGUGUGGGAAAUAAUGCCUAUGAUCGUAAAAUAGUGAGUUGAUAACCUAUUGAGCAAAAGACAUAGAAAUAAUUAUGUUUUGACUCUCUUAGAAAAUAUGAAAUUCUCGCUUUAACCAUUUUUGGACUGGCAUUCCUUCUACUUUCUUCUAGAGAUUAUUUUUCUUAAUAUUGUAUUUUACAGGGGAUUCCCCAAUCCCUCAAAUGAUGUUCAGAGACUUUAAGGUAAAAAAUUUGUAUAUGGCUUUUUUUUUUCUUUUGUGAUGACAUUUGACGACAUGUUUUGCUAGCACAAAUCGAUGAAAUAUUUCAACCAAAUCCAUCUCCUCAAUGUAAGCCAAUGAUGUGCCUCAAAAACACUUCACAUAUCAUCUGUAUUGUUUGUAUUCAGGGUUAAAAAAAUCAAAGGUGAAUAUUAUAUGUAUGAAAUGUAUUUAGAUCACUGGGUAAAUUUCUCUCGCUGCUUUCUUCUCAACGUUAAGGUGAAGGUCAUAAGAUACAUCAUGUGCUUUAAAAUUAGUCUUUAUUCCAAGUUUUUAUUUACAUUACAGUUUUUACUUCAUAAUUAGGUUUAAACAAUUCAUAUGUUUAUGCCAUUUCCUGUUGUUUGUCCACCAAUCAAAUUUACCUUUUUAUCUUCCUUUAUAAGUAUCACAAAUGAUUUGAUUGGUUUGUUUAAUUGGAAUACAACCAAUUAAAAGGUUUCUAUGUAUUUGACGAUGUUUGAUAAUGCCAUAUUAAAUAAUAGUUCACUUAUAGAACUGAUAAUUACAUCAGAUUCAUUGUACAUUUAUCUGCUUCAAACCAAAUAUUGACAAGAAUAGGGGGAAAGCAUUGUUUGUGAUUUUUGUUAUAUUUAUUUUAAUGAUAACUGUUUGAGUUUUUUUUUCUAGUUUCGCUUUAAUUUACAAUAGUUUGGUGAGAUAUAAUGUAUUUGUUAUUUUCAGAAUAGUGCUAUUUAUUACUUUACAUUAUGAACUGUAGAUAAUAUCCUGGAGUGAUUUCAACUGAAUCAGUUCCUCAAGGCUUUGUAAAUUCUGAAUAGAAUUGAACCAUUUUUGGACUGAUAUUUCUUUUCCGAAACUUAAGUUUCACCAAGAGAUUCAAUAAUCCGUCAAAUCAUGUUCAGAGACUUUUGAAAUGAAACUAUUUGAAGAAUACAGCUUUUUCAUUGAUUAAAUUGUUAAAUGUCAAUACAGAUGUUAGCUUUUAGGCAGUGAAAUUGAGGCAUCUUUGAAAUAUUUUCAUGAAUAAAGCCACUGGUACCAAAAUUCAAAUUGAAAUUACUUGUAAAACAAGGAUGGUAGCACUAUCCCUAAAUAAAACUGUAUAUUAUAUCAAAUCAAUCCUAGGCCAAAGCAAUUAAAUUUUGAUAAAUAGAUAGUCACUCGUGUAUUAUGAAUCUUGAUUAAUAUUUCAAAACUUAAGAAUUUGAACUUAUAGCUUUUGCAAAAAGCAACUGAGUAUUUUUUGUUUUUAAAAUUUUUUGUGGCUUUUCAUUAUUGUUUGCAUUAAAAAUAAAUAAAGCAAGCCUGUUCUCUUUAAAAAGAAAAAAAAACAAAACUAGAUGUUAUCAAUUAUGGAAACCCAUCCUUUCUUGUAAACAUAUCGAUUCUGGAUGCCUGAUAAUUAAAAACAAAUAUAUUGUUUCAUAUUGAUAAUCUACAUCAAAAAACAACAUCAGACAAAUAUUCAGUAUUUAUACUGGGUUGUAAUUAAUGUUUUCAUCAUAUAUUGUAUACCUAUUCGACAUGUUGUGAAGUGACCAUGGGUUUCUAUGAAAGAUUGAAUUUGAUAAAAAAUAAAUCAUAUAGUGCUGUAUGUAUCAUAUUUUUUAAAGGUCAUUUUUAGUAAUUAAGACAUUUGUGUUGGCAUUCAUUGUAUUAUUUGCAUCAUUAUUGUGUGUUUUUUAUAUGCCCCCCUAUGGGUGUAUGUUUCGUUGCAUGGCAGCCUAUCUUUUUAUUUAUUCUUCAUGGUCCACUAAAAAAAAAAGCUUCUUUUUUUAUAGAAAAAAAGUCUGUUUUGUUUGUUUUGUUUAUUUUUGUUUAUGAAUUGAAUGAUUUAAAACUAUGAUUUAAUUGGAAAAUAUAAUUAUAUUUAUUUUACAUUAUUUAGCUUCAUUAUUGAUUUUGAAUUAUUGUAAAUAUCUGUCCAGCCAGAGCAAUGCUGUAACAAUAACAACAGCUGUAUUUCAAUUCUAAAAUCAGAUUUGUUGCUGUUGUGAUUGCAGUUGUUUAUCUACUGUUAUUGCAGGAUUAUUUUUUAAUCUCCUUUGAUUGCAGCUGUUUAUCUACUGUUAUUGCAGUCGUUGACUCUUGGGAUUUCUGUUGUUAUCUCCUACAAUUGCAGUUGUUUAUUUCUGUUAUUGCAGUUGGUGACUCUUGCGAUUGCAGUUGUUUAUCUCCUAUGAUUGCAGUUGUUUAUCUCCUGCGAUUGCAGUUGCUUAUCUUCUGUGUUUUCAAUUGUUUAUCUACAGUGAUUGCAGUUGUAUAUCUGGUAGAUAUUUGCCUGUAUUGAUCAUCAUGAUUGAAGAACUAAUUAAGAUAAAUAAUCAUUUAUUUUCUGAUUAAACUAAUUUUAAAAUUGCCAGUUAUCACAUGGAAUCGCCAAAACUACUUUGUUGUUGUUUCAAUUAACAUAUUGAUAUUGAGAAUUGAUUAUAUAUUGUUUACAAGACUUCUGUUGAUUUUUAUUUUGUAAAAAAUUUGUAAUUUUAUUUGUAAAAUAUUUGAUUUAAUAAUGCAGGAAAAUGGAUUGUUUAUGGAAAAAACAUUUUAUGAAAAACUAGAAAUUAAUUCAGGGGCAGGUGUAAACAUUUAACCAACACUCUUCAGCUUCAUCCCUUUGCUGUUGUCAGUUUAUCCCUUAGUCCACAUUUCUUGAUAGUGUACAUAUUUGUAGGAAAUGGAAUUCGCUAAUAAACUGUAUAUUGAUAUUAUUAUUAUUAUUUUAUGAAUUUAUAGCCUCCAUUUAACUUGUAGAUUAUAAAAGAUAUUAAAUAUUAUAUUAUAUUGAAGAAAGAUAUAUAGAUUGUUGAUAGUGUAUUUUUAAAGAUGUACUCUGAUCCCCUACAAAAACCUUUUGGAGGAUAGAGGAACCUAUGGUCCUUCUGUCUGUGGUAAUGAACUAAAGAAAUUGUGACUGUAUGUUAUUUUUUAAAGCCGAUCUUGAUCCCCUCAACCCCACUGAUACCUCAAGCGGAUCUAUUGAGCUAUUGUCCUUUUAAGCUAGAGAAAUUGUGUCGAUAUAUUGUCCUCACAAAGUCACCCAUUGGUGUUAAUGAAACUACAGAAAUUGUGACCAUAUUCCUCACUUCCAACAAGGAGGAUCUGUGGAGGUAUUGUCCUUUCAAUCCCAACUCUCGUAUAAAUGAAAUUUAGAGAAAUUGUGACCAUAUUCCUCACUUCCAACAAGGAGGAUCUGUGGAGGUAUUGUCCUUUCAAUCCCAACUCUCGUAUAAAUGAAAUUUAGAGAAAUUGUGACCAUAUAUUCACUUAUAACGUUGCCAGGAGGAUAUAUCUUAAUGGUCUAUCUCCUUCCAGUGUAAAUGAAACUAGAGAAAUUGUUACCUAUAUAUAUAUAUAUGUGUGUUAUUGAUAUGUUGACAUUAAUUAUUUUCUUCUCUUAAGAUAUAAAUAGAUAUUUCAAUUGUUGUUAAUAGUGUUGUAAAACACUUGGCAAACCCCGGCAGAUUCCGGUACCCUACAUCUAGCCUCGGCUGUAUGACGGUAAAUGAUAUGUAUAUUUAUUUGCGAUGCGGCACCGGUUUACUUAUUAGGAAAACUUGUCGAUUUUAGAAAGAAGUUCUCAAAAUUGCGUCGUUCGAAGAGUGUGUAGAAUUUUCAGUGCAAAGUUGUCCUUGUUUAAAUAAAAUCGGAUAAACUUGAAAGACUUUGAAACCUUUGUGUGAUAAAACAUUCGUCGAAGGCGUCGCCCGGGAACUUGAAUGUAGUUCCAGUGGCGGAUUUUGUCAUACAGCAGAGGCUAGAUGUGGGGUACUGGAGUCUUCUAAGGUUUGCUGAGUUUGUUGUAAAAGUGCUUCAUAUGUUAUUUGUUAUUUGUUUUAUUACCUAUCACUUAAGAGUAUAUAAAAGCAUUAGAUAUAAGUAAUUUAAGUAGCUAGACAGGAGAUGAUGGGACAAUAGCUUCCUUAAUUAUAGAAAUUUAAAUGCAUGAACUUCAUAAAAGGGGAGAAAUUUUUUUUUUUUAAAUACUUUACAAGAGAAAUAAAUAACUUUUCUUGUAUGGAUUGUAUGGACAUAUUUGAAACAUAAAUAAAUUUUUAAAAAUCAAAAGAUAGCUGGACCUGGUUACUCUUGAUUCCAACCACUCUUGUGAAACCGGCUAAGCAACUAUUUAGUAUACGUGAGAAUGUAGUUAAGGUGUGAAAUACAAUCCUUAGUGUUAUUGAUAAUGUAUUAACAUGGAAUGACAGGUCUUAUAGCCUGUUUCCUCUAUCAGGCCAGUUAGUAUGGACAGGGUUUUAAUGUGUUAUUUAAAGAAGAUUUUUAUUGUCCGCUGCCUUUCUGGAGAAUGCUGGAGACUAUUAAAAUGGGCCUGUCUGUCCAACGGUCCAACUCUUUGCCUGUCACAGGUUUUAGAAAACAAUUACUGUGGUUCUAAUUGCAUUACAAAUGUUCAAACUUGAUGUAGAUAUUCAUGAGAAUUAGAUGUAUGUCUUGACUGAUUUAUUCUUGCUCUCUAUACUCUAAGUACGGUUAAAGGUGGGUUGGGUGGCCGUAUGGUUAACGUGUGUGCGUUGGAUCAGAAGGUCUGUCAUUGAGUCAAGUGGCGUGGUUUCAAUUCCUUGCUUGAAAGUCACAAGGUGUAGGGUUGCCUGUCCAAUCUCAUGGGUUUUCUCCAAACGAAUUAUGGAAAUAAAAUUUAACCAUAUGUUAGUCCCGAAAUGAACUAGUUUGUGUGAGUGGACAUUAAACCCCAUUACUCUCACAUUUUGAUUUGUGGAUGCUUUGAAACUUCAAAACACUGAUUCUAAUUGAGUAAUAGGGAUGGAACUUGGUGUAUAAUUUCAUUCCUUAACACCUUUAAUUGUCUUAAGUGAUUUGAGUGUCAUCUAUUUAUAUUGGGAUUAAGGCAGCAGACAUUCUUCUCACAUUUUUUUUUUAAGAGGAUUAAUUAACUAACCGGAGUGCUGUUUUAGUUCUUCACUUGAUUUUAUUUUAAAGGUUUUUAUAAAGGGUUGAAUGUGCAAAAAUGGUAAUGUAAAUCAAUUAGGUCUACCCCUUUGCCCAUACUACUACCUUAAACAACCUUGGUAAGAACUGGACUAUAAUUGUAGGGUUUAGUUAGAUCAUGGCUAAAAUUUAGGAUUUUAGUUAUGGAAAAAUUUGUUCAUUCUUCUACUAAAGUAAAUAAGAUAAGUUUAACUUGAUUGUAAAAUCGUUUAUACAAAUAAAUUUUGGUUAUGUUUAGAUUUCCUUUUUCAGUUAAGACAACAUGUUUUAAGAAGAACUGAAAAUAUUUUAAAUUUAAAAAGAAAUUUUGCAUUUGGCCAGGAUUAUGGAACAGUUAUAGUUCUAGCCUUAACCAUGGUAGAUAACCCAGUAGAUGACAAAGCAAAGGGGAUGAAGUAUGGAGGACCCAAAUGAAAAAAGAAUGUUUUUAAAUCAGGUUAUGAUUUUGGACUCAGUUUUGUAGUAAUAGCUUACUCUAAUUUUAUGUACCCUGAACCCUUUUACAAUUUCAACGUUUUCCUAGGUUUUAUCAUUUAAUGUGCCCUCUCUGUUGAAAUAAUUCUAGUGUAUAUUAUUAUUAGGUCCAACAGAACACCUGCCCUGUUUUAUAUACGUGUACUUUGAAACUUAUUAACUAAAAUCAUUGGCGUGCAGAAAUUCCAAGUUAUUGUGAUAAAUCAGUGAAUGUUGCGGAAUAAAAUGGCCUAUCAAAUCAUCAAA